AUGGCCAACUAUCUCGCCUCCAUUUUCGGUACGGAGCAGGACAAGGUCAACUGCUCCUUCUACUACAAGAUCGGCGCCUGCCGACACGGCGACCGAUGCUCCCGGAAGCACGUCAAGCCGUCCUACUCGCAGACCAUCCUCAUGCCCAACAUGUACCAAAAUCCCGCCUACGACCCCAAGAACAAGAUGAACCCCAGUCAACUCCAGAACCACUUCGACGCGUUUUACGAGGAUGUAUGGUGUGAGAUGUGCAAGUACGGCGAGCUAGAGGAAUUGGUGGUUUGCGAUAACAACAAUGACCACCUCAUCGGAAACGUCUACGCUCGAUUCAAAUACGAGGAAGAUGCGCAAGCAGCCUGCGAUGCGCUGAAUUCGCGCUGUGGCGAGGGCUGUGUACGAGGGGGAUUCUGCAAUUUCAUUCACCGGAAGGACCCCAGCAAUGAGCUCGACCGGGACAUUCGUCUCAGCACGAAGAAGUGGCUGAAGGAACGGGGCCGGGACGCCCGCAGCGUCAGUCGCAGUCCGAGCCCCGAGCCGACGAGGCGGAGAUUUUAG